AUGCAAGCAGAGCAGACCAGGAAAAUGGAGGAGUUCCGCACGCACGUGACUGAAAACAUGGCAAAGCAGUUUGCUGAUAUUCAGGAAGAGUCUCAGCAGCAGAUCGCAGGCCUCAAGCAAGUCAUCGAGGAGAAGGCUAAGGAAGGCGUCUUGCUCCUUGAGCAGCAGCACUCCGAGAGCAGAGAGGCUCGAUGCAGCGUGUUGGAGGCUGAGAUCCAGUCAGCCGAAAGCACCUGCAAAGCAGCGCAGGAGGAGGCGGCAGAUUUGCGAGUCAGGCUCGCUGCAGCCCAGCAGAAG